AUGUUAUUUGAACCCAAUCCUCCUCAUUUAAUCGAAGAAACUAUGUUUCAUGUUAAUUGUUUUGACAACAAUAUGACAUUGAAUCCUUCUCUUAAAUUGAAUUAUACGAUGAUGAAAAAGGGAAAGAUAAAAAAUCCAUGUGAACCAGGCUUAAUUAAGAAAACUUCAUUAGUUGAUUUGAUUGGCACGAUUAAUAAUACUGAUCAUCAAUAUUCAUUCAACGCCAAAUGUAUCGAUUCUCAAAUAUUUAUUAAUCUAGGUUCGCUAAAUUUUUCAUCUACAUCUAAUGAAAUACGUACCAUAUAUAUAAUAUUUAACAAACAACCAGUCAUUUGUCGGUUUAUAUUCAAUCAAAGUGAACUUGUAAGAAAUAAAACAUGUAUGAAGAACGCCACUUUGACAGUGGCAAAGUUUUGUUAUUAUGAUCCUCUGCUCGACACAUUAUCACAUGCAGUUGAUUGGAAUCUGUUAGAAAUUUUUUUUGCGAAUCCUUCUUAUGCACCAUCGGAUUGGCAAACAAAAAAUGGAUACUAUUAUAAUGAUAAACUACUAACGACCAUUACCACUAUAUCGACUACUACAAUUUCUUCUUUGAAACCAACAUCUCUACCUGCUAGCAUCGAGGAUAUAACUUCAUUCAGCAUUGACGAAACAACGACAUUCUCAACGGUUAGUACUACAGUACUAACGACUACUGUUACGGAAACCGAUAGGAUCGAGGAUACAACUUCAUUCAGUAGUAGUGAUAUAACAACAUUGUCCACGAUUAGUACUGCACCAUCGAUUACUACUUUUAUCGAGUUCGACACUACAUUGUUAUCAACCACUAGUAAUAAUCCAACACUAGCCACGUCUAUUAUCAGCGACAUUUUUACAUCAUCAAUUGAAAGUAGUACACCAAGUAUAACUACGUCUAUAGAGAGUAAUGAAAUUAUAUCUUCAAUUAUUACAACUACAGAUGCUGAUCAUAUUUUGAAUACUACUUUCGAAACAAUAUCUACAACACUUUUGGAUACAAGUACAACAUCACCAAAAAGCUCUAAAAGUUCUAAAGGUUCAAAAACAUCGAAAAUUAGUGCAUCGACAACAUCUAUGAUACCUUUAAAUAGGCUUCCUUCAACUGAAAAAUCAUCAUCUCGUAAUAAAUAUAUUAUACUUCUAAUCUUUAUAAUUGGCAUUAUUGCAUUGAUGUCAUUUCUUGUUUAUUUCUAUCAACACUAUGGAAAUAACCAUAGUCAAUCAUUGUUAAGUCAUAAUGAUAGUGAUGAAUCUUAUGAUUCAAUGAUGACGCAAUCUGAACUGGAUCCAUCAAAUGAAUAUGAUAAAGAAACGACAUCGACACAUGCUACAUCAGAAUUAUCAAUACCCGUACCACAACAACAACAACAAUCAAACACAUCUAGAAAACAGAACAGUGGACGCAUUUUUAGUACGUUCGAUCCAGAUGCUCCUUAA